CAAGCAACGGAGUGUAGAAGCGCGUUCAACGGAUGUUUGGCCUAAGUCGGCCGCCGUACUAAGAGGGUGUGUGUAACCAAUUUGACGUACUUUCGGUCUGUAAAGCCGGGAACGGACUCCGGAGCCUGCUGCGGGUACCGGGUACUGUGGUCACCAUGGCGGCGGAUCCCGGCCUGGAAAUGGCCUCAAUGAUUCCAGCCCUGCGGGAACUGGCCAGUGCAAGCUCAGAAUGUUAUGAAACUGUUGUUCAAAAGCCAAGACAGAUACUCUGCCAGUUCAUAGACCGGAUCCUAACAGAUGUAGAUGUUGUUGCUGUGGAGCUAUUGAAGAAUAUUGAAUCUCAGCCAAGUUCAGUAAUGCUGCUAGACUUCAUUCAUCACAUCAUGAAGUCAUCGCCUCGUAUGUUUGUAAACUCCAUUACCAGCUGUCAGACUAGUAAACCUGACUGCAGCUGUAUAGAGUUUAGCAACUGGAUCAUCACAAGGCUAUUACGCAUUGCUGCCACCCCCAGCUGCCAACCUUUACAUAAAAAAAUAGCUCGAGUCAUCCAUUCCCUGCUUUUCCUCUUCAAGAAUAAAAGCCCAACUCUGUUUGGUGUCCUUACAAAUGAUUUACUACAUCUCUUUGAGGAUCUUAUUAAUUUGCAUGAAGGAAAUGUGAAACAACCUACGGAAUGGCCGGUCACUGUACGCAGGUUUUUAUGCAAUGCGUUGGAAAGCCAGCUGAAUCUAAGAUCCGCUCCUGUUCAGCUGGCGAACAUGCAACAAGUGGAACCUCUAGAAACCACUUUGUUAAUGGUCUUGACUGACAAUGAUCAUGAUAUUUCUGCAUUUUUUUUCCAAAGACAGAACCUUGUGCUCUGGGGAAUUGGGUGUUCUAUGCUAGACUAUGGAGGGCCACAGCUUAAGAUUCUGGCUCUUCAUUUUUUAAAAGAGCUCAUCCGUUUAGGAGGACCACCAGAACAGCCUGCACACUUUUUCUUCACCAUGUUUUUUGGAAUGCUAUCGUAUAUAACAGAGAUGGAUUUGGAAGAACAAUCGCUGUACGAAACUCCGUUAUUAAACUUGGUGAAAGUUUUAUUCCCUCUGCAGCAGGAGUCUCACAUAAGCAUUGAACCUGUCUACCUUAACAUGUUACUGAAUAAACUUGCACUUAUGUUUGAAGGGGAGAUCUUGAAGGAUGUUCAGUCUGACACCCUGAGAGAAGCACUUUGUUAUAUAGUGCAGUACUUUCUAACUGUUGUGCCUCCAGGCUAUGAAUCUGCUAAGGAGGUUCGCAACGGCCAUGUUUGCUGUAUCUGUAAAGCUUUUACCAACAUCCUUGGCGUUCACAGCCAACAAAUGUACCUGGUACCCCCACUGUAUGCAGCUCUGAGAAAAGAAGCUUUGCAGUUUAUCCAGCAGCAGCUGCAGCAGAUCACAGCACCAUUAUCAAGUACAGAGUCUGAAGGUGGAGGGAGCAGCAGUGAUGAGACUCGGGAGAAGCGACCCCGCUUAAGUUUAACUGCAAAAUCACAAAGGAAACCAGCAUCGUCUGCAGUGAGCCUUCCGGUGGAUAUGAAGUCUAAGAUUGCGCUGUGGGGGGCGAUAAACAGGCAGUUCUUGUCCCUGUUGCACAUACUGGAAGGAGAAGACUUAGCGGAAGACACUGUCAUUUUUACUUUGGAGGGCGUUGUAGUGACACUCUAUGUGGCUGCUCUUUGCACAGCUCACAUUUCCUCAAAUAAUUCCAUUCUUAUGGAUCAGAAGUCUUCCGAGCUGCACGAAUCUACAAGCUCCCAGUUCUCCGAUAUGAAACCCAAGGUCUCCUGGGUUGGCUUAGAAGAAAUUGUGAGAGUUCUGAAGAUUUGUAGGAAGCUUCUUAAUUCAGGAUACCGGAAUGAGCUUAUGGAUGUUGUGUUGACAAAGAUAGUAAAGAUUUUUGAUGCUUUACUUUAUAUACAUGUGAAAAGCCUUUUACCUGACCAAAUACUUGUGGAAUUAUGUGGACUGAUUUCGUUACCUUGGCUGCACAGUCAUUCCAGCCACGCUUCAUUCAGGAUAGCAGCGUUUGAAUCUGCACUUGUGACACUAAGCUCUCGAAUCUAUGAGAGAGUCUCACCUAAAAUUGAGUCACAAUUGAUCUUUCUUCUGUCAUUAUUUCCUAAACUGAUAAUGCCUGACUGGAGGUCAGCUGUUUACGAGUGGUCAUUGGAAAGUCUCCAUGAGAUUGUCCGUGCUUCCUGUGUUAAAGGAUUUCCUCUUUUGAAACACUUUAUUGAUCAAGAAUCAUACAGUACUAUCCCAAAGACUUUGCUUGAUCACUUGAAUGAUGACUCUGAAAUGGUGAGGACAGAGUUUGCCAAAUCAAUUAGCAAACUAGCAUGUGGGCUUGUUAUUGGAUUUGACUUAAAGAAUUCAGCCAAUGUUCCACCAACUGAAUGUGAUCUGCUCUGCAGCAGCCUCAGGGUGACCUUGUUACCUCCCUCUGGUCCAGGAAUCAGUGCCUCUGUAUUCAAGCCCUUCUUUUCUCUGCUGGAUAGAAGCAUGCCAAGCUCUGUCAAAAUGGCAUUCAUAGAAAACAUUCCAAAGUUAUUUACACACCUAAACAUUGAGAAAGAUGAAGUGGAUUUGAGAGCUAUGAUUGAGGCCUUAUUAAACCUGAUGGAGGACCCAGAUAAGGACGUCCGAGUAGCCUUCAGUGGGAACAUCAGAUAUAUCUUAGAGUCGGUGAACUGUGAAGAAGGGUGUCUAAAUGAGCUGUUGGUUACUAGAAUCAAGGCGGCAUACACAAAUGCUCAGAUGUCAAGGGAUAAUGAAAUGAAAGACACCCUUAUUCUUACAACAGGCGACAUUGGACGUGCGGCUAAGGGAGAUUUGGUGCCAUUUGCACUACUACACCUGCUACAUUGUCUUCUGUCCAAGUCAACAUCUGUAGCUGGAGCUUCCUACACAGAAAUCCGAUCACUGGCAGAGGCAAAGUCUAUACGUUUACAGGACUUCUUUAGCCAAUAUAAAAAGCCUAUAUGCAAGUUUCUAGUGGAAUCGCUGCACAUGAGCCAGCAGACUCUUCUCGCCAGCACCCCAGGGCACAGUAGUGAACUGCAGAAGCAAGAGGCAGCACAUCACAGGGAAGCAGCCCUGGACAUCCUGUCUGAGAUAGCCAACGUGUUUGACUUCCCUGACCUCAACCGGUUUUUAACAAAGACCUUGCAACUUCUGCUUCCAUAUCUUGCGGCCAAAGCAAGCCCAGCAGCUUCUGCUCUGAUCAGAACCAUUGCCAAACAGCUCAAUGCAAACCGCAGGGAGAUCCUUAUCAAUAACUUCAAGUACAUCUUCUCUCACCUAGUCUGUUCCUGCACCAAGGAUGAGCUGGAGAAGUCACUUCACUACCUAAAGAAUGAGACCGAGAUUGAGUUGGGCAGUCUACUCAGACAGGAUUACCAGGGAUUGCACAAUGAGCUACUGUUGCGUCUUGGUGAGCACUACCAGCAAGUCUUCAAUGGUCUCUCCAUUUUGGCUUCCUUUGCGUCCAGUGAUGAUCCUUACCAAGGACCCAGGAAUAUCACUAAACAAGAGAUAAUGGCUGAUUACCUACAACCCAAGCUUCUCGGAAUUCUGGCUUUCUUUAAUAUGCACUUACUGAGUUCCAGUAUUGGCAUUGAAGACAAAAAGAUGGCCUUAAACAGUUUAGUAUCUCUAAUGAGGCUCAUGGGUCCCAAACAUAUUAGUGCUGUAAGAGUGAAGAUGAUGACCACGCUAAGGACAGGUCUCCGCUACAAGGAGGACUUUCCAGAGCUGUGUUGCAGAGCAUGGGACUUGUUUGUUCGAUGCUUGGAUCAAGCAUACCUGGGCUCACUUCUCAGCCACGUCAUAGUUGCCCUACUACCUCUGCUACAUAUCCAGCCCAAAGAAACUGUGGCUGUUUUCCAUUAUCUUAUAGUAGAGAACAGAGAUGCUGUCCAAGACUUUCUGCAUGAAAUAUAUUUCCUGCCCGACCAUCCAGAGCUCAAGCAAAUACUGAUGGUUCUCCAGGAAUACAGAAAAGAAACAACGAAAAGCACAGAUUUGCAGACAGCAAUGCAGUUAUCGAUAAAGGCAAUUCAGCAUGAAAAUGUGGAUGUUCGUAUUCAUGCUCUCACCAGUUUAAAGGAGACACUAUAUAAAAAUCAGGCUAAAUUAUUGCAAUAUUCGACAGACAGUGAGACUGUAGAGCCGGUUAUCUCUCAGCUGGUGACGGUGUUGUUAAUAGGAUGCCAAGAUGCCAGCUCACAGGCCCGUCUGCUGUGUGGUGAAUGCCUGGGACAGCUGGGUGCCAUUGAUCCUGGAAGGCUGGAUUUCUCCAUUAGCCAUACACAAGGCAAAGGCUCUACCUUUGUUACUGGAGUUGAAGAUAUGAAUUUUGCCUAUGAGCUGCUUAUGGAGCUGACAAGAGCAUUUCUUGCAUAUGCUGACAAUGUCCGGGCACAGGAUUCUGCGGCUUAUGCUAUUCAGGAGCUCUUGUCAAUCUAUGAGUGCAGAGAGGGGAGGACUGAUUGCCCUGGGCGGAGGCUUUGGAGAAGGUUUCCAGAACAUGUUCAGGAGAUAUUGGAGCCUCAUCUAAACACAAGGUACAAGAGUUCUCGGAAGGCUGUAAACUGGGCUAAAAUAAAGAAACCCAUUUACCUAAGCAGGCUGGGUAAUAACUUUGCAGACUGGUCUGCAUCCUGGGCUGGUUACUUGAUAACAAAGGUCAGACAUGAACUUGCAAGAAAAGUUUUCAACUGCUGCAGUAUAAUGAUGAAACAUGACUUCAAAGUGACCAUUUAUCUCUUACCACAUAUACUGGUCUAUGUGUUGCUGGGAUGUAACAAGGAUGAUCAGCAAGAGGUUCAUGCUGAAAUAAUGGCCGUUUUAAAGCAUGAAGAUCCAUGGGUCCGACGUUUACAAGACAAUGCCUCUGAUCUCAGCCAGCUCAGCACCCAGACUGUCUUCUCAAUGCUGGACCAUCUCACUCAGUGGGCACGGGAAAAAUUUCAGGCACUCCAUACUGAGAAAGCCAGCGCCAAAGCUGGCGGCCGCGGGGAAGUAAAAGUUGUAUCUCAGGAAGACUAUGGAGAGUAUCAAAAUGUGAAAGCAUUUCUAGAGCUUAUACCGCAAGACACGCUGGCUGUGGCUUCCUUUCGCUCCAAAGCCUAUACCAGGGCUGUUAUGCACUUUGAAUCAUUCAUCAUGGAGAAAAAACAGCAGAUUCAGGAGCACCUGGGAUUUUUGCAGAAACUAUAUGCUGCUAUGCAUGAGCCUGAUGGUGUAGCUGGGGUCAGUGCCAUUCGUAAGAAAGAAGCAUCGCUGAGAGAGCAGAUCUUGGAACAUGAGAGCAUUGGUUUGCUGAGAGAUGCCACUGCCUGUUAUGACCGAGCCAUUCAGCUCAAGCCAGAGGAGAUUAUGCACUAUCAUGGGGUUGUGAAAUCCAUGUUGGGUCUUGGCCAGUUGUCAACUGUGAUCACGCAAGUUAAUGGAGUGCUUAAUAGCAGGCCUGACUGGACAGCGGAAUUGAACACUUAUAGAGUAGAGGCUGCCUGGAAGCUUUCACAGUGGGACUUAGUGGACGAAUAUCUAUCUGCAGAAAAAAAAUCUACCACCUGGAGCAUUAGACUGGGACAACUGCUGCUCUCAGCUAAGAAGAACGUGAGAGACGAGUUCUAUGACUCUCUGAAAGUGGUCCGUGCAGAGCAGAUUGUACCUUUAUCAGCUGCAAGCUUUGAGAGAGGGUCCUACCAGCGUGGCUAUGAGUACAUCGUAAGGCUGCACAUGUUGUGCGAACUAGAGCAUAGUGUGCGGAUGCUGCUCCAGAAUCCUGUUGAUGACUCUUCCCCAGACUCUCUAAACUGGCCAGCACGGCUAGAGAUGACGCAGAACUCUUACAGAGCAAGGGAACCCAUCCUAGCACUACGCAGGGCUUUACUGACAAUUGGUAAAACACCUAAUCACGCUGAUAUGAUUGGUGAGUGCUGGCUGCAGAGUGCCAGAGUUGCCCGUAAAGCAGGUCACCAUCAGACUGCAUACAAUGCUCUUCUCAAUGCAGGAGAUUCUCGGCUGUCCGAGCUUAACGUUGAACGUGCCAAAUGGCUUUGGUCUAAGGGUGAUGUGCACCAGGCCCUUAUCGUCCUUCAGAAGGGUGCAGAGUUGUUUCUACCAGAUGAUGGGGCUCGCCCAGAGCAGCAGCUCAUACAUGGCCGAGCCAUGCUACUAGUGGGGCGUUUCAUGGAGGAGACCGCCAACUUUGAAAGCAAUGCCGUCAUGAAGAAAUAUAAAGAUGUAACCAGUCUGCUGCCAGAAUGGGAAGAUGGGCACUUUUACCUUGCCAAGUAUUACGACAAGCUGAUGCCUAUGGUGACUGACAACAAGAUGGAAAAGCAGGGUGACUUGAUACGUUACAUAGUGUAUCACUUUGGAAGGUCUUUGCAAUAUGGAAACCAGUUCAUCUACCAGUCAAUGCCUCGGAUGCUGUCUUUGUGGCUUGAUUUUGGAGCUAAAGUUUACGAGUGGGAGAAAGCUGGACGGGCAGAUCGAGUUCAAAUGAAAAAUGAUUUGAUUAAAAUAAACAAGGUUAUAACGGAUCACAAAAAUCAUCUGGCUCCCUAUCAGUUCCUAACAGCCUUCUCACAGCUGAUCUCCAGAAUCUGUCACUCUCACGAUGAAGUGUUUGCAGUGUUGAUGGAAAUUGUGGCAAAGGUCUUUGUGGCUUAUCCUCAGCAGGCAAUGUGGAUGAUGACUGCAGUAUCCAAGUCAUCCUAUCCAAUGCGUGUAAACAGGUGCAAAGAGAUAAUUGAUAAGGCCAUUCACCUGAAGUCUGCUCUUGGGAAAUUCAUUGGAGAUGCCACACGGCUUACCGACAAGCUUCUGGAGCUGUGUAACAAGCCAGUGGAUGGGAACACUGGUGUUUUAAGUAUGAGUGUUCACUUUAGGAUGCUCAAGAAACUGGUUGAAGAGCCAACAUUCAGUGAGAUCCUCAUCCCUUUACAGUCAGUAAUGAUCCCUACACUGCCAUCUACUGCUGGAAAACGUGAUCACGCCGACCAUGAUCCCUUUCCCGGGCACUGGGCAUACAUUGCUGGCUUUGAUGAUGUUGUGGAGAUCCUACCAUCUCUCCAAAAACCCAAGAAGAUUACACUAAAGGGAUCUGAUGGAAAAUCUUACAUUAUGAUGUGCAAACCUAAAGAUGAUCUCAGGAAAGACUGCAGACUCAUGGAGUUUAAUUCCCUGAUAAACAAGUGCUUGAGGAAGGAUGCAGAGUCCCGGAGGAGAGAGCUUCAUAUACGGACCUAUGCUGUUAUCCCACUGAAUGAUGAGUGUGGAAUAAUAGAGUGGGUGAAUAACACAGCUGGUCUGCGAUACAUACUGAUCAAAUUAUACAAAGAAAGAGGAAUAUACAUGGCAGGGAAAGAACUCCGUCAUUGCAUGCUGCCCAAGGGAGCACCCCUACAAGAAAAGCUGAAGAUGUUUAAGGAGACCCUUUUGCCUCGCCACCCACCUGUAUUCCAUGAAUGGUUUUUAAGGACAUUCCCUGAUCCUAUAUCAUGGUACAAUAGCAGGUCUGCUUAUUGCCGUUCCACUGCUGUGAUGUCCAUGGUCGGCUAUAUCUUGGGUCUUGGGGACCGGCAUGGAGAGAACAUUCUAUUUGACUCUCUCACAGGAGAGUGUGUCCAUGUGGAUUUCAACUGUCUCUUUAACAAGGGUGAAACAUUUGAUGUUCCAGAAAUUGUCCCCUUCCGCAUGACUCACAACAUGGUGAAUGGGAUGGGCCCUAUGGGGACAGAGGGUCUUUUCCGACGUGCUUGUGAGGUCACUAUGAGGCUAAUGAGAGACCAGAGGGAACCACUAAUGAGUGUACUGAAGCCAUUUCUGCAUGAUCCUCUGGUUGAAUGGAGUAAACCGGCCCGUGGUGGGAGCAAAACUCAAGCCAGUGAGACUGGAGAAGUUGUCAAUGAAAAGGCAAAAACCCACGUGCUUGAAAUUGAACAGCGUCUGCAGGGUGUGAUUAAGACUAGGAAUCGCGUAAAAGGUCUGCCGCUGUCUAUUGAAGGACAUGUCCACUACCUAAUUCAGGAGGCCACAGAUGAAAACCUUCUGAGCCAGAUGUACCUUGGCUGGGCACCUUACAUGUGACCACUCUUCAUCAAGACUCACUGAGCCCAGACUGACUUCACGUUAGGAUUUACAUUCCACUAUGCCAAGCAGCAAUGUACAAAAUGCAAUACUGUACAUUAAUCAUUAGGCACAUAGAAUUAAAACCUAGCCAGUUUGUAAUUAUGUCAAUGUAGACCUUUGUAAUAUGAGCGUGUACUUUGGAGUUUGUUUCCUGAAUGUAUCCCCAUGUUUUGUUUAUAUAUAUAUAUAUAUAUAUAUAUAUAUAUAGUUUUCUGAAUGAUAGAUGAUCUAUCAGAGACCGUUACAUUUGGACCUUCUUUAAGGAGAAGACUUUUUGAAUAUUUCCAGUUGCAGUGUAUGUGAAAUGUACCCCGCUAUUUACUGUAAGCUGCUGUUCUAAGCAGGGAGGUGAGCCACAGAUCUGCGUUCUGUUUCCGUACAAUGUAUUUCAGUGUCAUUUGGGAAAGAAACAAGAUGUACUGUGUUUGGGUUUGUUUGUUUUUGGCAUAUUUCUGUUAUGGUUCCAUAAUCUGAAAUUAGUUACCACGUAUACAGUAAUUCUCUAUUUUUUGUUUAAGUCAGAAAAGUUGAUGACAUAUGUCAGAAUGUUAAUACCUUUCAAUAUUGUAUGUAUUAUUUUCAGUAUUUAAAAUGUAAAAGAAAUGGAUGUCUAUACUUAUUAACUGUAACGAUCAGUUUUGUGUGAUCAUCUUAACACCUUUGUGACUACUGUAGUAGUAUGUUACAUGUUUGUCACCAAAUCGCAUUUCAGUUUCUCUAGGUGUCUCUUACUGACAAGUAAUGUUUAACUGCUAUGUGCACCCUAAUUACUGCUAGUUGACUUGUGUUUUAUUCGUGUUUUUUAAUUUUAUUUCUUUUGGCAGCAUAGUGAAACAAAUAAAUAUUUGUAAGCCCUAAAA